UAGUCGGAUUUUUGUCAAUGGUCGGACUUUCUCGCGAAUGGUCGGGGUUUCGUUGGUGGUCGGAUUUUUCUAUUCGAAUGGUCGGAUCAGCUUUUGGAAUGGUCGGAUCGGCUUUUGGAAUGGUCGGAUCAGCUUUUAGAAUGGUCGGGUUUGCUUAGCAUGGUCGUGUUUUCUUUGGAAUGGUCGAGCUUUUGGAAUGGUCAAGUCCUCUCAUGCAGAAUUAUACUUCCCCACCGAGCAGUUGCGUCCUCUAAAGAGAUACCUGUACUAUUUCCUCUGCUUACUGUAGGAUGUCUGGAAACUUCACAUUGUCCUUCGGCUUUUUUCGCGAAUGGUCGGGGUUUCUUUUGGAAUGGUCGGAUUGGAAUGGUCGGGUUUUCUUGCGAAUGUUCGGGUCGGCUCUCGCAAUGGUCGCGCUGUCUUUUGACGUGGUCGCGCUGGCUUUUGACGUGGUCGGAGCUUGGUCUCUUGCCAUCUCAGAGACUUGAUGAAACAGACUCGAGACUGAUGUGUAAGUGUGAUGGCUUGAUGUAUUGGUCGCGUUCUCUCGUCAAUGGUCGCGUUGAUUCAGACUUCGUUUUGUGCAAAAUCGAAGUUCGAGAGAGCAGAGCACUAUCUGAGGAAGGCGCGGGCACCAGACUUAUACAGAAAUUACAGUAGAGCAUCGCAUCGAUAUAUGGUAAGGACACGACAGGAGAGAGAGAGAGAGAGAGAGAGAGACGUGACGAGUCUUUGUUUUGAUCAUUUGAUUCUGUUUUCAUUUGACCUCCUCAUAGGGAAGGUAUAUGCUAAACUACUACUAUGUUACUACCAAUAUUCAUCGACUAUCCUGUUCUCAUCUAGAUCUACAACAAAGGGAAAAAUGGUGAGUGUGAGGUUUUG